UUAUAGUUUAAAACUUUAUUAUUUGGAUCAGAUAGCCUCAAAGAGCAUUUUGAAAUAACUGUAAAUGAACAAAACCAAUUUUUUUGCAAGUUGGCUGAUAUGUAGCUACGCUUCAGGAAUAUCUGAAAAUUUCAUUUUUUGUUUGUGGUGAAAUUCAUAAAAUUAAAAGCUGAAUUGAAAUGGAGGGAAAUGUAUUAAACUAAACAGGACUUAUUCAUGCCCUUUGAGGUUUUAACUGUUGAAUUUGGAAUUUGCCGUGUGGUUUUGAACAAAAAUUCCUUCUUUGAAAAUUCUAAUUACAGUAUAAACUACAGUGGAUUUGUUUGGGCUUGGCAACAUAUUUUAAAAUUGGAAAAUUGCAAAAAUACAGCAUGCUAUAUAUUCCUUGUGGUAUAUAAUUAGCCUUGAGCAAGUUAAGGGACAGAAGAACAGUCAUUCUUAGCUAUUUCCUUGCCCAUGUCUCAACACAAAGAUGCAAGUAUAGGUACAGUUUAUCCCCCCUUUCAGAAUUCAGGUGCAUUUCUCUGUGAAAGCGUCUUCCAAAAGUAUGACGUGUCUCGCUGGAAAUUUUGCAUUUUGCUAAAGAAACGACGACGCGUCUUGUAAAUGCAUUGAUGCGUCUUAAUGCAAAUAUGGACAGAAUUUUUGUUGAAAAUUCAUUAAACGGCUGUUGAAAAUCCGAAUCUGCACUACUUCUUCUUGUCGACCAGCCCACCAGCAAACUGAUUUUGUAUACUGCGAAGGACACUGCCUCUCUUUAAUGCAUCGAGAUUGGCGCGAAUAAUGGCGCUCGAUUGUAAAAAUGCAGAUGGUUUCAAUUACUGACCUUGAUAUCGAUCAGAAAAUAAUAAGCUGCCUAAGGAAAGGUAGGAUAACAACUAUUCCACAUAUACUGGUGCUGCCGAAUGAAGAGUUGGCUGCAAAAGCACAUAUUACUGCAGAGGAUGUUUCAAAGUUAAGAGAAGCUAUAUGCAGAAAGUUAAACCCUCAACAGCCAUGCUCUCUGCUGGAUAUAUGGAAACAAACAUGCCAUCCUUCAUUUCUACAUACAAAACUAUCAGCUGGUUGUCAAAUUAUUGAUGAUACCUUGAAAGGUGGUUUGCUUGUACCUGGUAUCAAUGAAAUAUCAGGAGAGAGUGGCAGUGGAAAAACACAGAUUGCUCUACAGCUUUGCCUGACUGUUCAACUAGAUGUACAAUAUGGGGGGUUACAGGGAGGUGCUUUGUUCAUAUCAACAGAGGAUGCAUUCCCCACAAAGCGUCUACAUCAGCUGGCUCAUCAUAUGCAAAAAAGGCUGAAAAGUCAAAAUGAAAAUCUCAUGGAUUCCAUUUACAUAGAACAUGCCGCAGAUGUUGAAAGUUUGAAAACACUAGUAAACCAAAGAAUUCCAACAUUGCUGAUGAACUCAAAUGUUCGCUUGAUAGUGAUCGAUUCGAUUGCUGCGGUGUUUCGGGUGGAAUAUACAGUCAACGAGAAUCUGGAGAGAUCGAAAGCCUUGGCUGAGCUUGGCCAACGGUUGCAUAUUAUCAGCCACAAGUAUCGUGUUGCUAUUGUUUGCAUCAAUCAGAUAUCUGACGUUGUCUCUGCUGACAAAGUAGGGAGUGAAGAUAUAGGUGGAAGACGAGUUAUCCCAGCUUUGGGCCUCUCUUGGGCAAACGCGGUGACAGUGAGGCUAAUGGUUAUGCGAACUCCAUACACGGUUUCGCAGCUGCGCGGAGCUGCUGCAAAUUCUGGGAACGCUCAGCAAGACUUGACCAAGGUUUAAUAUUUUACAGAAAUAAGUGUCCUCUAGUGGAGGUUCCAUAGUAAGAAAACUCAAAGUUUUAUUUGCACCGCAUAUUCCAAAAAAUGAAUGCUACUACCUCGUUGAAGAGCACGGCGUGCGAGGCUUUUGAGUCAACUACGAUGACACAUGGAAGAGGUGACAUUAUUUUCCAUAUUUUUCAUUAUUUCCCAUGUUUUUCAUCAUUUUCAUAUUUUUGAUAUAUAACGGAUUUAAUUCAAGCAUCUAUGUUUAAAAUUCUUGUUUUCAAGGCUGUUACUUCAAUAUUUAGAAAUAGGCUUGCACGAUUGUCUUUUCACUUUUUAGAGAUAAUCUUAGCUGUGGUUUGACGUCAAAGGCCCAGUAAUUUUUGUUUGAUAUAGAUAUAUGUUUGUGGUCUUUGCAACUUAUCCUAAGAAGGGAUAUAAUAAGGAGCUUCCUCGUGCUCCGGUACUUUUAUCGGUCCUGUAUCUUAGUUCACUGAACUUUACAUUUCAGCUUCAUAACAUCAAUGCGCCUUUAAAUGCUGCUCUUAGCAAUAAGGAACAGGAGAUUUGAAAUGUAAAAUACUUUUUGUCGUAUUUUGAUGGUGCUUAUUAAUAACGUUUGAGACAUAAAAGAAAUAUUUGUUUCCUCUCAAAAUUUCCCUUUUCAUUAAGUGAAUGUGAAGACAAAUUUGCCAAACAUUUAAGUACAGCUUUAGUAUGCUUGUACUGUUCUUGAAAGACAGCCAGGAGUUGAUCUACACAACCCUCCUACAAUGCCCAUACAGGACACAACAUUUUUCA